AUGACUUCGGAUACAUACUCGUUGAGCGAAGUGAUACGGGUGGCCAAAAUUCAUCCUUUCUAUAACGCCGAUCAGAAGUACCCUCCUGAUGCAGAAGCAAUCCACAAGGCUCUACAAUCCUCACCGACAAAGCCAGAGCAAACUGAUCUUGAUUUGCAACCUUUGCUGAAAAAGAAUGACAUUUAUCGUGUUAUCAAACGACUCACGAAUGACACGAAUCCGAAAAAUGAAUAUCGACGCAGCGUUUAUAUUAGUACCACAGGGGGAGGCUCUGGUGGACUACCACUGAUGUUUGCAACGGACACGAAGGAAAAUCGUAAACACAGGGCAGUAUUUGGAGAAUUUCUACAGACCUGUCGAGUCAUCGAGCCCCAGGACUGGGUUCUCACAACCCACACUUCAGGAUUCCUUUACAGGUCCCUCGAUCUUAUCAGUGAGAUCUGUGAAAAUGCAGGAGCAUCUGUUCUAUGUGCCGGAAGUCGAAUGGAAGCUGCCGAAGUCGUCCACGCUUUGAUCAACUACCGUGUGAACGUUCUGACUGGGGACAGUACUCAAAUAAUUAAUAUUGUUCACCACAUUUCGACCCUUCCCGCUGAACAAAGAAGUGAAAUCGGAAUCACCAAAGUGAUGUAUACCUCUGAUUUGAUGACAGCUACUCAGCGAGCGUAUAUCUCAAAGACACUGGGUGCAGUUAAGAUAGUAUCGAUUCUGGGAAGUGCUGAGGCAGGGCCAUACGCAAUUAGCAACCCUGACCUUACCGGACACUGCGCUUGUUCAGCAAGAGACUUCGUCUUUGAUACUCGGACCAUGCUGAUUGAGAUUUUCCACCCUUCUGCUGUCGAUGAGGACUCUUCUGGUCCAUUUGGCGGGAAGCCGCUUCCCGAAGGGGAACAGGGAAUCAUUGUCCAGACCUCUCUGCAGCGCCUGCGCAAUCCUCUUGUACGGUAUAUAACAGGGGAUGUUGGGUCUAUCCAUGCAAUGCCCAAGGCUGCCGCUGAGGAAUCUGAACUGAAACACCUUCGAGUUCUCCGCCUUGGAGGUCGGGACCGUCGGUUCAGCUUCAAAUGGUACGGCGAGUAUUUCAAUUUCGAUGAGAUUGAGAAUCUUAUGCAGACUGAGGGUUCAGGAGUCCUACAAUGGCAAGUGAUUCUGGAUUCUUUUGACUCGUCUCCACAGUCCACUUUGGAGGUCCGCAUGCUUCGUGCGGCUGCAGGCGAAGGAGUUCUGGAGACGGAAACUUUUGUGGAGAUGGUCAACACUUUCUUUUACGUUUUCCCUGAAAAUCAGCAACUUUUCAAGAUUAAUUUCCUUGAUAGUCUUGAAGGAUUUGAGAAGAGCAGCACGGGAAACAAGAUCAUCAAGUUUGUGAAUAGAUUCGAUUAA